CCGCUCCCGCCGCACCCCGUCCCGCCGGGGCCCCGCGGCGCUGACCCCACUCUCUCUCUCCCUCUCUCUUGCAGGAGCAGCCAUGCCGGCCAAGGGCCCCCUGCAGAGCGUCCAGGUGUUCGGGCGGAAGAAAACGGCAACGGCUGUUGCUCACUGCAAGAGAGGGAAUGGCCUCAUUAAAGUGAAUGGAAGACCUCUGGAAAUGAUUGAGCCCAGAACUCUGCAGUAUAAACUGCUUGAACCUGUCCUCCUCCUGGGGAAGGAAAGGUUUGCUGGUGUUGACAUCAGAGUCCGUGUGAAGGGUGGUGGCCAUGUAGCACAGAUCUAUGCUAUCCGUCAAGCUAUUUCCAAAGCUUUGGUGGCUUACUAUCAGAAGUAUGUUGAUGAAGCUUCCAAGAAAGAGAUCAAGGAUAUUCUAAUCCAGUAUGAUAGGACUCUGCUGGUUGCAGAUCCUCGCCGUUGUGAAUCCAAGAAAUUUGGGGGACCUGGUGCUCGUGCACGCUACCAGAAGUCUUACCGUUAAAAUUGUUCUACACUCAUGAGAAGUCAAUAAACAUAAGAAAUUUGAUAAUU